AUAUUUGCAUUCACUGUGAGCACAAAAAAGGCUAUAGUUUUCCUCUUUGAAACUUAGUGGUGACAUCAUAAUGGUUGGUAAUGUCACUGCAUCAGCUACUGAUGAUGUCACAAUGCCUGUUACUGAGUCAGUUACUCUUCAGCAACAGUAGUCUAGUUCAUUUUUCAGUUGACAGUGAGCGAGGCAAGAUGUUGCUAAGCUCUUUAACAACUUUUACUUUAUUUUUUGUAUUUAUACUAUCAAAUGGAUAUCCUAUCACAACACCAAAACCAGAACCUGAAAUCAAUGCGAAUGCAGAGUUCAAGACAUUUAAUCUCGAGACUUCCGAAAACACCAAUAUAAAGCACUAUCCAUUGAGGAUCCUCGACUUAAUAUGUGGACUCCUGGGUGUAAUAUCUAUUGCCUUCCUAUCUACAUAUGUCUGGUCAAUGCUGAGAUAUAAGAAAAAAGAAGAAGAAGAUGUGGAGAUGCAAAAUAACCCAGAUGUUUUAUUGGAAGCUCCUGGUGAAAAGCAGACUGUGAUCCUUAUACCUGGAGCAUGUGACUUAACUAAUAUUGUGGCUACUGAUAUAAACACAGAAGAAGUUGAAGAAAAUAAAGUGAAUCCUGUGGCCACUGAAGAGCCAAAGGACAAGAUAACUGAGCCAAAUGAGGAGCUUCAACAGAAACCAGAACAGGAAGCUGAGUUAAAGGAACAAAAGAAAAAAAAGAAAUGGAAAUGUUUUUUCUUUAAGAAAAAAAGCAAGCAAAGGAAAGACAAAAUAAAAAGCGGAAAGAAAGGAAGAGAAGACGGGAAUGGCAACGAUACUUCCUUAAACAAUACUUCUGAAGCAUAUGAAUAAGACACAAACUCUAUAUGUGUCUGUGAUCCGAAAGCCACUACCUGCUUCAGAAUGUUUCCUAUUCAGUUUAAUAGGAUGCAGGGGAUGGGCGCUAACUAGGGUUUCUGGGGCAAGUAGUGGCUCAUUGAUUGCCACCACAAGAAAUGGUGAUCAAGAUGCAGAAUAUUCCAUUGCACUAAGAAAGAAGUGAGGAAGGGAACAAACCCCUACAGAACCCCCCAAACCCCUACAGAAUUAUUCUUUGAUUAACUUGUUUAACAACAAAAAAUGUUCAAUAAAAACUAUAUUUUUAAAACAAUCAACAGUAUUUGAUAUAUUGAAUAUUGUAUUUAUAUUGAACUAUUUCAAGAAUGCAAUUGUUUGAGGCUUUCUCUGGGGUCAUUUACAACUGCAAGUGCACUGGGCUAGUUGUAAUUUUGAGCACAAUUACCAUUUUUACAAUUACCAUUUUUACAAUAUACUGUAUUAACAAUAUUGGGUCUGUUAGCAUCAGGCUAGAUAAC